AUUGGAGGAGAGAAGAGUUCCAGGAUGUAAUUGUGACCUUGGAUGAAGCCACUGCCCAUCCUGCCCUGCUCUUGUCUGAAAAAGGAAGACAAAUAACCUGUCAAGAAAAAUCUCAAGAUCUUCCCAGCUCUGCACAGAGAUUUGACUCCCUGCCCUGUGUACUGGGUCAGCCUCGCUUAACCUCAGGGAGAAGCUUCUGGGAAGUAAAGGUUGAAGAUACAGGUUUUUGGGACCUGGGAAUUUGUAGGGAUAAUGUAACAAGGAAGGGGAGGGUCACAAUAUCCCCAGAGAAUGGUUUCUGGGCCAUCAGAUUCUAUGAGGGGGAGUACUGGGCCCUCACCUCCCCAGAAACUCCUCUUCCUCUAAGACAGAAGCCCCAUAGUGUGGGGAUAUUCUUGGAUUAUGAGGAUGGAGAAAUAUCAUUCUUUAAUAUGACAGAUGGAUCUCAUAUUUUCACUUUCCCCAAGAGUGUAUUCUAUGGUGUCCUAAGACCUCUUUUCAGGCUUUGGCCCUCUGACCCAGCCACCUUGACCUUUGUCUAGAUGACUUAGAACAGAUAAAUGUGACUCAGAUGCAUGCCCCCUCUCAUGAAUAAUGAUGACUUUGAGCCAAGGUGAUUACAGUUCUACCCAAAGGCUCUGAACGGUGUUUUCCUUAUAU